CACCACCGGGCGUAAUCUGUCAAUACGCUUGUGGAGAAAUGAGGAGUUUUGAUCGAAGCACCGCGGAGGUUCGCGAUAUUCGUGCGCGUUUGUGAAGGUGGGAAAUGUCCUCGCUGUCGGAGCUUUGGUUUUUCCGCGAGCGCUCCACGGAGGACGCGCGCUUUUAAAGCCGUCGCGUGGACGAGCCGCUCGCCAGCCGUCGCCAUCGAGCUACACCGGUUUUGUGUUGAGAAUAAAGAAGACGACGGGAUCCAGACGCGUUUACUAACACCUAUGCGACACUUAUCAGGUGAGAGAUGGAUAUGAGAGAGGUAUAUGUGGUGACCGGCAGCUUCGUGAGCUUUCAGCUGUUCUUCUCCUGCGUCAGUCCGGUUCUGUCCUCCAACUUCACGCAGGGUUAUGGGAGAUUACCACCCCACAAACUCAACGACUGGAACUCCAGGCUGGUGUCCACCGUCCACGCGUUGAUCGUGGGACUGUUCUGUCUCUAUAUCCUCUGGUUCGACGAUGCCGUCAACAAAGAUCCAGUGUGGGGAGAUCCUAACUUGGUAAAGCUGAAUGUCGCUAUCACCUGUGGAUAUCUCUUCUACGACCUUUUGCUGUUGGCUUGUAACUGGAGUACCAUGGGAGAUGCAUUUUUUGUCUGUCACCACUUGGCGGCGCUCUAUGCUUAUGGAUACGUGCUGACACGCGGACUGCUUCCUUAUUUCGCGAACUUCCGGCUGAUUUCCGAACUGUCGACACCAUUUGUCAAUCAAAGGUGGUUUUACGAAGCGCUGGGACACCCCCGUACCCAUCCGCUGGUCGUCAUCAACGGCAUCGUCAUGGCGAUCGUGUUCUUCCUCGUCCGCAUCGCCGUGAUGCCGCCGUACUGGGCGAAGGUGUUCGGCACGUUCGGCACGCCGGAAUUCGAGAGGCUGGGUCUCGGUCCUCAGGUGGCUUGGAUCGUCUCCUGCGUUUGUCUGGACAUCUUAAACACAAUCUGGAUGUACAAAAUCGCCCGCGGCUGCUACAAGGUCAUCAAAGGCAAGCUGCGGGGCGGCAAGACAGACUCCAGAAAGUCCAAUGACAUGAACAACCACACAGACUGAGCUAGCGUUGGGAGGGGAGGAACCUGUCAGCAAUAAUGACUUCUAGAUGAAUAAAUGCAUAGCGGGAUAAACGUUCUUUUCAAGUUCUCGAACUGAAGGCGAACUGAAGGAGAGAAUGUCGUCCCAGUGUUCAGUCGCAGAUGAAAGUCUAAGCAAGUCUGAGCAAACAAACUAACCUGUAAAGAGUCAAACACAACCAAAGGCCUUAAGUGCCUCCAAGCACGAGAAGAUGUCCAUCACAUCUCCAUUUUAAAGCUACUGGCCUUCGAUUCUUGAGAAUCUUGUGGCACGUGACCUCACACCCACGCUUUGUGUCUCGGGUCCUCAGUGGCCUGUGGACGUCCUCAACGCCACGUUCUUUGAAUGACUGACGCCCAAACCUUCACUGGACAACCAGAAGUGCUACUCGACUGCAUCCAGUCUCAUGUCAAAUCUACAUUGCCAGUUCAGUCUGACCGGUCGCGAAACCGCAGAAGUACAUCUACCUCCGUCUCAAGCACAAGCUGAUUUUUAUACCCGUCUCCAAGAAUCAUGAACAGCGUCUUUAAAGGACAGUCAGACACUCAAACUUUGCUAUUAUAGUCCAGGCCUGCAAUUCAACACUUAUUGUUUGUUGCACAUCGGUCGGACGUGCCUACGUUAUGUGAAAAAUAUGAAUGCGAUGCUGAUGGUGGUUGUGUGCAUGAUGUCUCUGACCGACGGUCAGUAUUUGGGUUAUAUUUGCAUCCGUUUCUCACAAGACCUUUGAAGUUCCUACAUUUUUCUUUGUCACCUUUUCUGUUUGCUUGUAUUUUCAGACAAGCCGAUGAUCCGCACGCACGGUUUGCAACUUUUUUCUCCUCAUGAAGAGCAUAGCGAACAUGACUUGAUCAAAUGGAAGUGUGUUUUCAGCAUGCUCUGCAGAAAUUCUCACUGUGGAAGCCGUUUCCCGUCCUUUAGGUGUUGGCAUGCGUCAUGAUGUUGAAUGCUGUCGUGCUCCUCUUGAACAUGAUUUCCAGCUGAUAUUUAUCUGUUCUGUGGUAUUACGAUACACUUUAUGAUAUAUAUAUAUACAUGUAUAAAUAUAUGCAGUACUUUUUCCUGCCAAGUAUUGGACGAGAGUAAAUCUCUGUAUUCGGAGCUAGCGUUUCUCUUCAAAUAAUCAGGUACGCCUCCAAAACGAAUGUUGAUUCAUCUUAGAAUCGACUCGAGGUGCUGCUGACAGAGAAUGUGGCCCUUUUGGUUGGGAGGGGAUUGUGGGUGAAAUGUUUGAAAACGUCUUUUUUUUGCCUUACGUCCAGAAUUCUGAGUAACCAAAUACUCCUCCAGACCUUGAAGACGUAAAGCUGUGACAGUAGAAACGUAUUUUAGAGAAGAAAUGGCCAUUUGGUCAUGUCCUUAUAGCAAGUUAUAAUGCUGAAAAUUAGCUGCAACCUUCAUGUUUAUCGAAAGAAAUACAAUUUUAAUACGUCUUGCCUCUGUGGUACUAAACAAAAUCUACACAAUUGCACAAUCUGAUGCCUUUGUGGUUUUGAUACCAUCGUAGUGUUCUUCAGGGACCAGCUGUCCUUCGCAUUAGACUAGUAUUGACUUUUAAGGGCUAACCAAAAUCAACAGAAGGUUUAAUGAAGAAUUUAAAGGGAUAGUUCAGCCAAAAAUGAAAAUUAUUUGAAAGAAUGUAACCAAACAGUUGUGGGUCACUAUUGACCACCAUAGUAGAAUAAAACCUACCGUGGUUAUUAAAUAGUGCCCUAGAAAUGUUUGGUUCUUCAAAAAAAAAUUGUGUUCUGCAAAAGAAAGAAAGUCAUACAGGUUUAAAACAGGGCUGUCAAACGAUUAAUCGCGAUUAAUCGCAUCAGAAUAAAAGAUUGUGUUUGCAUAAUAUACUGUAUGUCUGUGCACUGUGCAUAUUAGUUUAACACAUAUGCGUGCAUACUGUAUAUUUAAGAAAAAUAUAAAGUAAGAAUUAUUAAAUGUUUAUAGAUCAUUUAGAAAGUCAUACAGGUUUAAAAUAGGGCUGUCAAACGAUUAAUCGCGAUUAAUCGCAUGCAGAAUAAAAGUUUGUGUUUACAUAAUAUACUGUAUGUCUGUGCACUGUGCAUAUUAGUUUAACACAUAUGCGUGCAUACUGAAUAUUAAAGAAAAAUAUAAAGUAAGAAUUAUUAAAUGUUCAUAUAUCAUUUAAAUGAUUAAUCCUUUAUAUAUAAUUUAAAUUACUGGUAAAUAAACAAAUGGAUGUAAAUAUUUCCUAAAUAUGUAUACACGUAUGUGUAUGCGUUCGUAAAUACCAAUAGACACAUAUUAUGUAAACACAAACUUUUAUUCUGGAUGCGAUUAAUCGAUUGACAGCCCUAGUUUGAAACAACUCGACGGUAAGUAAAUCGUUUUCAUUUUUGGGUCAACUAUCCCUUUAAGUGAUGAUACUCCAAAUAACUCAUUUCAUUGGCAAUAAAACAUUUGUGUACAGAUAGAUUUGAAUAGAUCAAUCAUGCAGUCUCUUGCUAUAUAAAGAAGGUUAAGUACUGCUCCAAGACCAGAUAGCAUACUAGAUAGACGUAAAUGGAAAAUGAUUCAUGUAAAAACACUUUUCAAGCCGCUGUAGAGUUAGCACACUUCAAAACACUGAGGCUGAACUUCAGGUCUCAGGUGUAGUAGAAGUGGAGGGCUUGCUAGAGUACAGUUUGGGAGGAUGUGAAAUAGAAAUAUGCAGAAAUACGUAGAUAAAAAUAAAAAAAUGUUCGAUUAAAGUCUUCAAUGUAGCGUUGUUUACAAAGACUUACCCACAACCUCAUGGUAAUAUAUGCUGCACUAGGUCAUCAUCUUUGGAUCGAUGCUCUCGGCCAGAUGCGUGAUAGACCGCGUCUACAGUAUUUAUGAUAAUCACAACUCGAAUUGUUUCUGUGUUUCAAGAUGAUUUUGAAAAUGGCAACCAGCAAAACACAUCACAAACGUUUUUAUUAAACACAAAAAACACUGAAACCGCAUGCAUUUAAAAUUUCCAUUGAGCCGUUUAAUUUCAGGACACUAAUGACAGGAGACCCUAGUUGAAUAUCGAUGGGUGAUGAUGAUAAUCUACUAUAUGAGUGACUUUUCCACCCGUCCAGCCUUUUCUACCUGUCCGAAUGUUCAGAUGGAGUUUUCUCUCGUUUGCUGUCCGCCUUUUGUAUAGGCAGUCGAGUUUUCAAUGGAAUAAUUGUAGUUUACUAUGUGCAAUUCUCCGUGCCAGUAUUGAAGAUGUAUUUAUAGAAACAUGAAUUAAAUCUUUAACUGGAAGACUCAACUGUUGAAUAACUGUUAAACUGUAGUUCAGUUUUUGCCCUGAUCUUUUGAUUCAUUGAUUUUUUUUAACACGUUACUGUGUUAUAAUUUCAAUUGUCUUUGGAAAUUUUAAUGUGAAAAUCAACACUGUCUUAGAGCACCGGCGUCACGUACUUUAAAUUCGACGGAUAAGUAUUACAGCUAAUAAUAUCGUUCUAGCAGUGGUCAAAUCACGAGAGCUGUUCAUGAAUAGACUUGAGUUUAUAGACAAACUAACAUGAUUACUUGUCUUUGUUUUGGAUGCUCAUCUUUUAGGUUUUCAUCAUUGACUGAAAACGUUUCCUUUUUCGAGGUAAUGAAAUGAACAUGUCAUUAUAUCAUCGUGGGCCUUGCAGAUUUUUUUUGCACAUUUGUUGUUAAUCUGUUGAUUGUUUAAUGUCUGUUUUAAGUGGACAUUGGGCUCUUGAGGUUAAUGUUGUGUUUUGGCUCUACAGCUGGAUGUUUGGACAUUUUGGGGUAUUUUGCUGUUGACCUUGCAGCUGUUUGCUAAUUCUAGGCAUUAACUAAAGAUUAAUUCAAGUUUGUUUUCAAAUAAGCCUUCUUGUUUUACAAAUAGUGGUGAGUUUACUACAUGCUGACCAGUGAUACUGAAACAUUUCUGUGAAAAAGCAUUCGCAAAAAAUGAACAGAAAAUUUGACCCUGCCUGUGAUAAUCCAGCUAAAGUCACUUUUUUGUGAUUUGCUGUUUUGUAACCAAAGUCACUAAACCUAAUGUAAAGAGCAUCUAAUAUUGACUGAGUAAUGCCAUGUCAAAGACUGAAAUCACAGUGAAACGAAUGAUUGAAAUCAAACUGUGAUGCUUCUUAUGAGACUUUAGUCUGGGUUUCACAGACAAGGUCACAAAUGUGAGGAUAAAAAACAUCGUUCUAAAAAUGCUUUUUCUUCUUGUGCUUCCCUGGGUGCUUAAAUGCAGGCUUGUGGAGUAAAUACGGCCGUGGAAAGAAAACUGAGACCAUUUUAAAGACCGUUUUCAGGUUUUUCUGAAUUUACUAGCCUAUUUAUGGGUUUAGGUAAAAUGAUCAUUUUUGUUUCAUUUUGUGAACUACAAACAAUAUUUCUCCCAAAUCUUAAAUAAAAAUAUUGUUUCUAUUUGCA